CUCUCAUUGGUGUCCUGUUCUUGAGAGCUGUCUGCAUGGGCACCUUUCAGACCCUUGUCAGAGAAUAUAACAAUUGGAAGAGGACCAAGCACCUUCAAUAAGACUUACAUCACUUCUCUACUGAAGCUGAAGAUGGACAUACUGCACUGAAUCCCUUUGCCUGUGGGAUGGUGCCUCAGUGAGUGGAAGAGCUGUGUCUAACAGACGUUUAUUUAAGGCCAUGUUGUGAUUAUCACCACUCUUCAUCCACAAAUGAAGGGGUGGAAAUGGAGCCAUAAGAUGACUAGUAGGAUUUGCUUUGAGUCCUGCACGAAUCAAAGUCAGUACAGGAAACAGCACAGGCCCCUGCCUGCUCUGGGACCUCUCCACAGGGCAGAAGGGGCUGAGACGUUGUUCUCCUCGGGGAGGUGCCAGACCUCUGCAGCCAGACCCUGAGGGCAUCCUCACCACCUGGCUACCACCUCCAGGAUCAGGUAAUACCUUUUAGAGAUCAGGGGGUUCUCACCAGAGAUGAAGGUGAAAGAGGACAGAUGCAUGUGUCACCUGGCCAGCUACUAGUACUGCCACAGUUACUUGUUAAUUCCCAGGCUUUGGAGUCUCUUCAUAUGGAAGAUGGCUGAAGGACUGAGUUUAGACACUCAAACCCUGGUGCUGUCCAUCAGCACGCAGCAAUGGGAAGGUCCAACAACAAGUUGUGGACAUCUGUAGUUGUCAUGUCCUUAGAGCACCCGUGAGGAGUAAGGAGGGACAGGCGUGGGACGGUGACGACCACCUCCCUCUCCUAACAGCUCUGAAGAAGUACAAAGGCAUUUGCAGAGUUUUCUGAGGAAAGAGAGUGUUCUCGAGGUAGAGAUGACUUCCCUAUUUGCAGAGGAAAAUUGCAAAUGUGUAAAUGAGGAACCACUGGCACAUGGGCACAAAAGUGACUCAGCUCAGAGAGGGUGAUUUGGGGCUUCAUGUCUCUGCUGCUGGGGAAGAUGCAGAAAGUUUUGAGGUAGGAUGGUGCUUUCUGAGGAGGCAGCAGUCUUUGGGGUAAAAAGCUUGCUGUCCAUGGCGCUGGCAGAGCCAAGACAAGCACAUUGCACUGUGCAGCACUUGGCAUUACCACCGAAACUUGCACAAGAAAUUUAGGCAUCAUAACUAGUGGUAACGUGUACUCUUUCUCAAGGUAAAUCACCAUGUUCUACAUUUUACAAACCCUUUGUUGACUCAAAUUAGUUACAAACCCAGCAAGUGUGAUGUGAAUGAGCAACCUCGUACCCUUGCUGGUGGUUCUCAAACUGCUUUCCCUGCUCUAGUCAGCUAUCUUCCCAUGACUUCCAGAGGGAGCAAAAAACCAGCAGAUCUGCAGGGUUGUGUCAAGAAGAGGUGAGUGCCUGUCCAGUGCCACACAGGUCGUUGGUGCUAGAGCCAAGAACAGGAAUGUACAUCCUCUGGAUAGUGAAAGAAGCAUGUUAAAGUAUGUAAGGGAUUAGACUGAAUCCCACACAAAUGUGGGACAAGAACACAUACAGUAUUGAUGAUGCAGGAAUUUGAUGUCAAAACUGUAGGUAGAAUCUGAAGAAAUACUAACUGAGGUGCGGACUACUAAUAUUAAAAUCCUGAAAGUGUCUCAUUAGAGACUGUGUUUGUCAGUAGCUUCAAUGACAUAAGAAAGUACAGAAUUGCUGUUGCUGACAAUUGCAUUUAUUGCAGAAAUGGUAGGAAAAAAAAAAAAAGAGAGAGUGGUUUGAUGACAACCUGAAUUCAAAAUGAUGGUACAAUAGACAACAGCCAGGCUUUUAAGAAAGAGAGCUGUAGCUAAGAAUCAAGAAUGUACACCACCCUUUAGAGCUAGCGACUCAUCUUUCACAUCAUUCACUCAGUAGAAACACUGAGAGCUGUGGCAGCCUACGAAGUCAAUGUUUGACCCUGCAGUGACUGCAACUAAGAAAACAAAGUCUUUACAAGCGUAAGCAGAAAACACGUAAAAACACGUAAAAGCCAACUCUGGAAACGCAGCACUAGUGAGAUAUUUUUACUAGAUAUUGUUUCAGUUCUAGAAUUUCUAGGUUAAAAUAAAUGUAGGGAAGUUAGGAAGCAUUAAGAAAGAACCACGGGAAAAAUAAGACAAAUGGAAAACCUGUUUGCUUACAGUAAAAGAUUUAGAAGCUCAGUCUGCUUAGCUGGGAGCAGAGUGAUUUUAUCUGUUAUAAGAACCUUAAUACAGAAAACUCUUUUGAAAUUAGUGAUCUGAGAUCUGCAGUGCAGCAAAAAAACACUGGAUGAAGUCACAGAGGGUAGAAUGGCAUGGAAACAGGAUAGAAGACAGGAACAAUUGGACAGGGCAGGUACCUGCAGCUUGACCCAGGGCAUGGGGCAAAACUCCUGUGGUCACAGGCAGCUGAAAAUGAAAGGUGGGUUUUGGCUUGGCAAUGGCACUGUACCAAUCAGGUCAUUUUAUGAUUUAUAUUUUUAGGUAAGAAGAAAAGGUAGAGCAGGAAAUUCUGCAUCAGACGUGUCCACUCAGCAGCACAAUGUCUGGAGAGGGUAAAGGUGGUGCUGAAGGUAGUGCAUCCCCAAUAGACUCUCCGUUUCGCUAUGACCUCUUCACUGUUUUCUACAGCAUCAUUUUCAUUCUGGGCUUUGUUGCCAACUGCUACGUGCUCUGGAUUUUCAGACGUAUUUAUCACACCAAGAAACUCAAUGAAAUCAAGAUAUUCAUGCUGAACCUGACAAUAGCUGACCUGCUCUUCCUGAUUACAAUGCCACUGUGGAUUAUUUACUAUCACCACGAUGGAGACUGGUUCAUGCACAAGUUCCUCUGUAAUGUAGCUGGCUGCUUAUUUUUCGUUAACACCUAUGCUUCUGUUGCCUUUCUGAUGGUCAUCACAUACAACCGCUACCAAGCCGUGACUAAUCCCAUUAGAGCUGCUCAGUUUACCACUCGGAGAAGGGGGAUCUUUUUAUCAGCAGCUAUCUGGAUCAUAACAGUGGGCAGCUCUUUGUAUUAUGUUUUUGAUGAUAAUACUAAUGUGGAGAAAAUGGGCUUGAAGAAUUACACGCGUUGCUUUGAGCGCUAUGACUCUACUAGCAAUGUUACACCUGUUCUUGCCAUUCAUGUCAUCAUCUGCAUCCUCUUCUAUAUCAUUUUUUUAUUUAUCCUAGCCUGGAACAUUGUCAUUAUCAGGACCCUCUUCUCCAAAUCAGGGCAGCAGCAGAAGAGUGCUCAUGUCAAGCAAAGGGCGCUCUGGAUGGUUUGCACAGUGCUAGUGGUGUUCAUCAUAAGCUUUGUACCUCAUCACAUUGUGGACCUGCCCUGGACACUUACUGUUCUGGAGCAAUGGCAGAAGGAGAACCAUCGUUUGCGCCAGCAACUCAAUGAUGCUCACCAAGUGACUUUGUGCCUCUUGAGUACGAACUGUGUGUUGGACCCAGUCAUCUACUGCUUCCUCACCAAGAAGUUCCAGAAGCACGUUUCAGAAAACCUGAAAAACAUGAAAGGGAGUCGAAAGUGCUCCAGGCAAACCACAGACACAGUGAUUGAGGGCACCAUUCACCAAGAGGAUGCCAUUAGGAUUUAGGUCAGAUGGGUUCUAAUUGCUGAGACUGGGAAGUGUGAACCAGUCACUCAUCUUUUCUCAAGAGAAGGCACUGAGGGACACAACAGAGGACCAGGCUAUUAUAUUUCCUUUAUCCCUUAGAUAGAAGAAUGAAUGCUCAUUUGUGAAAGGACAAGAGGCAAUGGGCACAAACUGGAACACAGGAGGAUCCUCCUGAACACCAGGAAGCACUUCCGCACUGUAUGGGUGACUGAGUGCUAGUAAGAGGCUGCCCAGUGAGGCUGUGGAGUCUCCCUCCUUGGAGAUGUUCAGAAGCCGUCUGGACUUGGUCCUGGGCACCCUGCUCUAGGUGUCCCUUCUUGAGCAGGGGGUUGGACCAGAUAGACCCGGAGGUCACUGCCAACCUCAACCAUUCUGUGAUUCCUUCUAUCACACGCAUCUAGCAGAAUUGGAACCUGUAAUAAUCUGUGAGAAAAGCACUUUCUGUCUGGGCUGAGGGCACUGACAACAGCUCAGGCAAUCUGCCUGAAAGAAACACAUUGAGUGUCUGCAGUGAGCAGCUGGAAGUUAAGUACACUGAAAUUAUCCAUUGUGUCAGCCCAGGUAGCACCAUCCCUUGUCCUUUGCCCACCCAGCUCCCAAGAAGAGUCCAGUGUCUGAGCUGUAAGAGGCUUCUGAAAAACCUGGAGGAACACACUGAACUGCUAACAUAAUUGAGUAACUUUUCUGAGCAGCUUGCAUGGUUCUGUUAAGAGUAUGAGCAAAAGAAGCUCCUGAGUGGCUAGAAGGGACAUAGUCCAAGGAGUUCCUAACAGUUCCAUCAAAGAAGAGAGAUGCACCUAUACUCGCAUGGUCUGUUGGGGUCCGUACUUCACAGAUGCCUAGGAGCAGCUAUUAUGAACUUUUGUCUUUGCUCUCAGCUUUUGAAUUAGACAUGUAACUGGACAAAGGCGAGAAAAAGAAGAGAAAUUGGCAGUGCCUCAGCCCCCAUCCCAAAUCAUCAUUGUGUCCGAGGGGGACUGUUGUCUGCCCUGGCUUCUUGUAUGAUUGCAGAAUGGGCAAAUAAGUGGCCUCUUGCACAAAGUUUGGUAUUUUUUGGCUGACUGCAUGUGUUUGUGGAGAUCCACUCUCACUUUGGAGGCUCCAGUUAACAGAAGACUGUUGUCAGCAUGGGCAUUACUGUGAGAAGAAAAAAAGGUUAAAACUCUUCUGUAUUUUUAUUCUUAUUUAUUUAAACUUAGGAUUCCAAAAAGCAGCUGUGCAUUAUUUCCUUCCCCCAGCCUUUUUAUUUCUGCAAUGAAGAAAUGAAGCUGACUGGUUCUUGAUAUCCUACCAUGAAUGAAGUAUUAGUCCAUAGUCCAUGGCCAUUUUCUGAGUAAACCAGUAAAUGCACAGUGAUGUGGUGCACUAUGUAAGUCAUGCACUUGGGAAACACUUGAGACCAGCCAGCCCCAUUCAGGGCUUGCUGCAGUCAGUAGGAACCUAAGGCAAAGUGGUUUUCCAGUGUUGCUGAGUUCUGUUACAAAUCACAAGACAAUUGAGGUUCCUGUUUCUGACCCAAAUUGCUCAAUCCAGCACAGGAAAUUGGGCAGGGCAGGGCAGGGAAGGGAAGCUACUUGUUUUUUUACAACCUUUUGGUUCCUCAAACUAUAUAGGAGACUGGCUGAUGACAGGAAAAGCGCAUCUGACAUUGUGAUACUCGUUAUUUAUAUGCAUUCACAGCAGCCUUCCUAUACCCAUCAGUAACAAGGAGAAGUUGAAGGACAAGCUCAAGUCUUUCCAAAGAUAGGACCAACAUUAGUAUCAGACUUGCCUAUAUCCAGUUGAGACAGGGGUCCUUCAGAUCUAUCUCCUGAAGAUCCUUAAGCAGCUUUUAUGUUUAUGUGUGUGAAUGAGCAAAAGAACAAAGACACUUUUUCUGAUGCCAUCUCCUGAGGUGAGCUGUGCACUCCAGGCCCCAUACAAUGCAAAUAACUGAAUCUGAUCCUAAACUGAAUGUAUUCGCCUCCUGGUCCUGGACUCUGCUCCAGUAGUAGCAGACUGGACUCUGCUCUUAGCAGAGACUUUUCCCUGACCACGUCCCUCAGAAAUGCUCAAAGCUUAUCCCUGUUUUCUGUAGUCACUCAUAGUGCACAGCAAGGGUGGCGAUCUCUCAUCUAAAAGCCUAAAUCCUGCUUGCUGGAGGAAUCUACUUCUGCAUUUUAGCCCUCCUGAGAUGCCACAGUCUGCCUGAGAAGCUCUUGCAGCUGACAGACAGGGUGGGACUGUUCCCUUUUCCCCCCACCAGCUGAUGUGAUAGCAGAGCUCAAAUGCCACACAGUCACUAAAGCACUUAAGAGCUGAGCUUGGUAACUCUUAGAAGAAACGGGAAGGCAUUAUUCUAUGUGGUGAUGUGGUCUUCUAUCAAUUCCUAGAAAGCUUACAGCACAGCUUACAGUGUAGGUUACUUACCGUUUUUAAAUAUGCUUUGCUCCAUGGAAGGCAACUGUAAGGCAAGUGUGACCUCAGAGAACAAAUGUAAACUUGCUUCUGAGGAAAGGGGACAAUGGAGGAAGAACUCUGAGGACACUUCAGAAGGAUAUGUUGCAAUCAUUAAGUCAGUAAAAAUGCAUUUUAAAAAACAGUCUGAGCUUCUACUUUUGUUCCUGAAAUUACUUUGUUUUACAGCAGUGUUGCAUUACAGUGCUUUAAUUUGCAACAAAAUUGAUCCUCAAAAAUUCUUCUAAAUAAAGUACUUCUUCCAAGGGUUUUGGCGUUUAAGAGCCCGUCUUCUCAUCUUUCUGUAUUUACCCUUACAGGAAAAGCCUCAGUAUCUGCAGACAAAGCUUGUCUGACAGCCUAUUUGCGUUCCUUUCGAUUUUGGAGGUGUUUCUUUUUUUCUUCUAAUCACCACAUGAACUCUUGAGAAAGGUGAAAAUUAAAACCUCAGCAAGUUUUGACCUGCUAAAAGGGAAGGGAAAAAAAUAACUUCGCAGGGGAAGCAAUUUCUGAAAAAGGUCUGUGCGCUCAAAAAACUUACCAGACC